UUCAGCGAUGUUAGAUGUAGAUCAUUCUCGGAGAAAACCAACCCAGACUCAUCCUUCUGCAUCAGCCAUGCUUCGCAGGACCUGCAUUGUCCUAAUCUCUCUUCUAAGCUCACUUUCUGCACUUGCUACGCCAAUGCAGAACCUCACCCUCCUCGGUCAACAUCCAGACCCCGAAGCUGUUGUCCAAGAAGUUCAAAGAAGAGUAAAUGUGUCGGUGUCAAGAAGACAAACACUAGAAGUGUCCCAAAGCGACCAGUCCUCCUCAUGCGUCACGGGAAACCCCAUAGACGACUGCUGGAGGUGCGACCCCAACUGGGAAGCCGACCGCCAACGCCUCGCCGACUGCGCCAUUGGAUUCGGCCAGUACGCCCUCGGCGGCAAAGGCGGUCAGAUCUACGUCGUCACCGACUCCUCCGACCACGACGCCGUCACCCCUCGCCCCGGCACACUCCGCUACGCCGUCAUCCAGUCCGACCCUCUCUGGAUCGUCUUUGCCACCAACAUGCUCAUCAAACUCUCCCAGGAGCUCAUCUUCAACAGCUACAAAACCCUAGACGGCCGUGGCGCCAACGUCCACAUCGUCGGAGGCGGUUGCAUCACUCUCCAGUACAUCAGUAACGUCAUCAUCCACAACAUCCACAUCCACCAUUGCGUGCAGUCGGGCGAGGCUAACGUGCGGUCGAGCCCCACACACUACGGGUGGCGCACACUGUCGGACGGUGAUGGAAUAUCGAUAUUCGGAUCACGAGACAUAUGGAUCGACCACUGUUCGUUGUCCCAUUGUAAAGACGGUUUGAUCGAUGCAGUGAUGGGUUCCACAGGCAUAACAAUAUCCAACAACUUUUUCUCGCAUCACGAUGAGGUGAUGCUGUUAGGUCACAGCGAUUCGUAUGUGCCCGAUUCAGGGAUGCAGGUCACUAUAGCAUUUAAUCACUUUGGUGAGCAGCUGGUGCAGCGGAUGCCUAGGUGCAGACGCGGCUAUAUACACGUGGUCAACAAUGAUUUUACUCGUUGGGAGAUGUAUGCUAUUGGGGGUAGCGGUAGCCCCACCAUCAACAGCCAGGGGAAUCGCUAUACCGCGCCUUCCAAUCGCAACGCCAAGGAGGUGACGAAGCGCGUGGAUACGGAUGAGAAGAAGUGGAGGGACUGGAAUUGGAGGAGCGAGGGGGACAUAUUGGUGAACGGAGCCUUCUUCAUUGCAUCAGGUGAAACCGUUGAGGUUCUCUACGAAAAAGCCUACAGCGUGGAGCCCAAAUCUGCUGCCCUCAUUGAUCAACUUACCACUAACGCCGGUGUCCUCGGUGGCAGCGGCAACAACCUUGGAACGUGGAGGACAGAACGAAGUGGUGGGGGAUAUGGUUUUGGUGAUGACUACUCCGAGAAUAUGUUGAGCGGCUCACCAUCCUCCUUUGCCCUUUCUUCCACUCUCCUUCCUCCUUUAUUUCUCUUAUCUUCCUUUCUACUCUUGUACCUCUAACCC